AUUAGACCGGUCUCCGAUCUGAAAGUCUUUUUGCUCCGAUUUUGUCCGUCAUCGAUCACCGUUCGCUAAAUACUCGUCGAGUAUCGUCAUUGCGCAAAUCUCCAAUAGUCGCAUAACCGGAUUUUCCACGGUCUCUUUUCAAACGCGAGAUCGCGAAUUUCCCCGACCACGUUUGGUCUCUUUCUCUUGCUCUUUCUCUCUCCUCCCUCCCUCCCUCCCCCUUUCGGACCGCAUCCCAAUCGAUCUCUCAAGCGUUCCCGUAGAAGAGCGGCUGCUCAGAAUCUUUGCGCAUAAAGUCCGUGCCGCGUGCAUACUGUUCUGCUCGUGUUUUUUCACUCGUUUAAACACAAUCAUCAGACUAGGGAGUUGUGUGUUCCUGAUUUUGAGCAAGUUCACUAAAAAUUAACUGUCAAAAUGGCAAAUGAACCUGAUAUGCCCACCUUCAAGUGCGUGCUGGUUGGCGAUGGUGGUACUGGCAAGACCACCUUCGUCAAACGGCAUUUGACCGGCGAAUUUGAGAAGAAGUAUGUUGCCACUCUAGGAGUCGAGGUCCAUCCAUUGAUCUUUCACACCAAUCGUGGACCGAUUCGCUUCAACGUCUGGGAUACAGCUGGUCAAGAGAAAUUUGGUGGUCUCCGCGAUGGCUACUAUAUUCAGGGUCAGUGUGCCGUUAUCAUGUUUGAUGUUACAUCCAGGGUAACGUACAAAAACGUACCCAACUGGCAUAGGGAUCUGGUCCGUGUCUGUGAAAACAUACCAAUUGUCCUUUGUGGUAACAAAGUCGACAUCAAGGAUAGAAAAGUCAAGGCCAAGAGCAUUGUGUUUCAUAGGAAGAAGAAUCUCCAGUACUACGAUAUCAGUGCAAAAAGCAAUUACAACUUUGAGAAACCUUUCCUAUGGUUAGCACGCAAAUUGAUUGGAGAUCCAAACCUCGAAUUCGUCGCUAUGCCUGCGCUGCUGCCACCGGAAGUUACUAUGGAUCCACAAUGGCAGCAACAAAUUGAGAAAGAUCUUAAAGAAGCUCAAGAAACAGCAUUACCAGAGGAUGAUGAAGAUCUUUAGUUUAUUUAACACAUUGGGGAUGGUCUUUACAGAGAGUAAGGCCUAUUAUGCGGGUGCUCCGUGGUCGUAUCGCGCACUCGUACAUCUUCAUAGAAGUCGAAGAUUCUUUCUUUAAGAAAAAUAUAAUUUACAUGCAAUAUUUAGUUCGAUGCUUUAUGCUGGGCACCCAACUUCUGUGAAUUUGCAUGUUACAUGUAUAGCCUUAAAGACGGGUCGCUUAAAUACGUUGUAAUACGGAAUGCGCAACAUGUGUGUGAUUGUGUAUGCGAUGUGCACUUGAAUGUCUAGAUUUUAUAAAAUUCUUAUGUAAUAAUGGUGAUAUAUUAUCACGUAAAUUAGAAACAGAAUAAAGUAAUGGUGAAACUGCGGAAAUGACUUGUGAUACGAAUUCAUAGGACCCAGCUGACUGAAGCUGAUACAACGUAAUAUGAAACAACCGAAAAAGAAUUCAUUACAUUUUCAGAUUCGCUCGUUUGUAUAGAUGUGCGUGCGUGCGUGCGUGUGUAUGUACAUAUAUACAUAAGAAAUGGAAUUGUGUAAGGCGUGCUGUAUAUUAAACACACAAUCACGCUAACCCACUUUAAGGCAUAUAAAAAGUAACAUCAUCU